CCUUCCGCAGUUGUGCGCGGCGCUAGGGGGGCCGCGCAGCGCCUUGGCUGUCCUCGCGCAUCCCCUCGGCGCUGCGGAGCUGCGCUGGGUGCCCUGGGCGUGUGCGUGAUGGGCAAAGCCACCUGCCACAGCUGCUGCGGCGGAGACCGCGUGUCUCGCGGCUGAGCGUCGCCCCCUCCUCGGGCAGGCAACAUACUUCUUGCCUGCUCCCGCUCGUUGUCAGUUUGGGUGGCGUUGUCAGGCAGUGGAAACUCGCUCUUAAGACGGUCAGCAGAAACGAAAUUGGGUGUGUAAUCGGAUUUAUUUUAACUGAUUAAGAUGGAGAAACCGUAGGGAAUCUGUAUCAUGGCAACAGAUGAGGAUGGACUGGGACUAUUUGAUAUCCGUUGCGGUGUUGAAGCUUCCCCCUUUCAGGAAGAUGAUGAGAGCUCGGUGGAUAUUUAUGAUGGCUUGGACAACGGUUUAACAGUUCCUGACAAUUCUGCUCCAAGUUCUACACCAGCUGGGAACAGUUUAAACUUAUUUGAUGAGAUACUAAUUGAAGAAGGAACUGCAAAGGAAGCAUCCUACAAUGAGUUGCGGGCAGAAUAUGGAAAAUGUCAACAACAAAUCAAAGAGUUGAUGAAGAAAUUUAAGGAAAUACAGGCACAGAAUGUCAUUCUACAAAAUGAAAACCAAGCUCUUAAAAAGAAUAUUUCAGCACUUAUCAAAACAGCAAGAGUGGAAAUUAACCGGAAGGAUGAAGAAAUCAGUAAUCUCCAUCAAAGGCUGUCAGAAUUCCCCAGUCAUCGAAGUAGCUUCACCAGAACAUAUCUUCCAGGAUCAACUAAUGGAAGGUGCUUCGAGAUGUGUAAAUCAAAAGAGUCCAAAUUCAGACCACCUGAUUUAGGUGACAGUAUAAAGAUGGAUCAUAAAAUGAAAAAUGACUGUACAAAAGAUACAUAUCACAGUUACUCAUCUCAUAAUAUGGACAAUGGGAAGUCUAACUCGGAAAAAAGAAACAAUCCCUAUUUACUGAGAUACCCUUCUGAAGAGCUCUGCAAUGAUGAUACUCAUACAUGUCUACCAAAUUAUGAUCACUGCUCCAACAAGGAUAAUAGGAAGGAAAGAAAAGAAAUGAAAAGUGAUGAACAGUAUAGCAGGGGAAACAUCAGCAAACACAAAAGAGAAAUACAUCAGAACACUGGUAACAAUAUUGAUAGCGAAGAUUCAGAUCCUCAUCAAAAGCUGAAAACCCUUUCAGAGAAGGCUAGUAAAAAUGAGUUGCAACAAAAAAGUCAGAGUACAAAGCUCAAGUGUAGUCCAAGUGUAGAAAGGGGUGUUUCUUCCUGGGAGAAACAAACUACCAGCAAGGACAGGUUUCAGACAAGAGUUGAGUUGUAUGCUGAUGAGAGGUCACAAAAUGUGACUAAAAAAGACAUUAAAACACAUGAUAAAGAUGAAAAAAACUCUGGACAAAAAAAUAAACCAAAUGAAAAACUACAGGAGCAACCAAGGAGGUUUGGUAGAGUCAGUAGUCCGCACUCAAAGAACGAACAUUCAAAGAACCUACAUGAAUCACGCAAAUGUUGUAUGGAAGAGUCUAGAAAAGGAAGAGACAUUGACUACAAGAGAGAAAGAGGAACAAAUGAUCACACUUCUCGAGAAGGAAGGUCCUCGCCUUCUAAUUCCAGCAGUAGAGGGCAUAAAUAUGCACGCUCCAAGGAAAAUAGUAGUAGGUACGAAUGGGAAACGGCACAUUCAAAAUCAGAGAGACACAGAACUGAAGAAAAAAGGAAAAGAGAGAGAGAGAGUCAGAAUGAAAAUAGACAUUCUAGAAAUGAAAGAAAAGUUACAAAAGAGAUUUCUCACCAAUCCACAAAAGACUAUAAGAAAGGUACAGAUGUUACAAAACGUGAGAGAAACAAGUCAUAUAAGCCGGAAGAAACAUCCAGAGUAGCAGAUAGUUUAAAAGAGCGUAAAGCUCCAAAAACUAAAGACGAUCAAACUGAGGCAAAAAGCAAAGACUUAAAGCUCAGCUUUAUGGAAAAACUAAAUUUAACUCUUUCUCCUGCUAAAAAACAAUGUCUCUCUCCAACUGAUGGACUUGAAACACCUUCCCAAAAAGCUGGUGAUGAUGGGAGUACAGAGCUUACAAUGCAGGCAGAAAUAUUAGAUUCUGCCCACCUUGUUAACUGUGCUCCUGCAGAGCAAACUGAUUCACCACUAGAAGUUCUGGACAGCACAGCUCAGAUCAACCUGGAAUCGGCAAUGCCGCCUCCUGUGAAUCCUGAUACUGACUCCUUGAAAAUAGCAGCAGCAGGUCCAGCACAGUCUGAAGCAUUGCCAGCAGUGGCAGCUGAUGAUGGGAGCUCAGAAACCUUACCAGAAGCAAUAGUGGGUCAGGUGCAGCCCCAAGCCUUGAUGGGAGCAGCAGCGGUAGUGGUUCCUGGUGAAAUGCAGGCUGAAACUUCGUCAGCAGCAGUGGAGGCUCUUGAUUUGGUCGAAUCUGAAGCCUCAGCAAUGGAUCUGGAUCAUCAGGAAGCUUUGCCUCUGGAAGUGGCAGGGAGUGUUGCACGGUCUGAUAACUUACCUGUAGCAGUGAGUGUGAUGCAGGAUGAUAACGUGCCAGCAGCAGAAGUGGCACAAUGUGAAUCUGCCUGUGGAAGUCUGGGGGCACUUCCUGAGUCUGCAGCAGAGGAGGAAGAGGAAGAUAAAAUAUGGCUAGCUGCUGAUGUAGAAAACUCAGAGGAACAGCAUACCUCUCAAAACCUUGCCUUAGAUGACUCAGAGGCCAAAAGUUCUGGUGACUUGGAGUCCUGUGGUGUAGCUGAUGAUAUUAGGGAAACAAAACCAGACUGUUUAAUGGAAGUAAUGAAGGAUGAUGAUUACCUGGCUGCAGAAAAUGUUGAGUGUUCUGUUGAGAAAACAACAGUCUGCAAAGUUAAUAUGAAUACACCUCAGUCACCUGACAGAACUGUAUUAGCUGCUAAGGAUGUACCAUUAGUUGACCAGAAUGCCUGUAAUCUGGAGCCACACUUAUCUGAAAUCACUACAACAGCAUCUUGUCUUAGUGGUGAGGCGUAUCCUAGAACUAAAGAGAGAGAAACUAACGCUGUUUCUGUGGAUGAUGACAGUUCAAUACUGAGCAUUGAUCUCAAUCACUUGAGAUAUAUUCCGAAGGCUGUCAGCCCACUGAACAGUCCAAUGCGUCCUUUGGCUAAAGCACUUAGGAUGGAAAGUCCCUGCAAAGGUCUUGUGAAGAUUUAUAACAAAGAUUUAAUUCCUGAAAGUACGGUUGUCAUCUGUCCCUCAAAGAAUUUGUCCAAGGAGGUAAAUAAAGAAAAUCAAAAGCCGGUUGGCAUGUCUGUUGAACACUUAGAGAUGGAGUCCCAGCUGAGCAUCUCUUCAGAUGAAAUAGAAGAAGGAGAAAUCAUAAGUAGCGAUGAUGAUGAAGAAAAAUCUAAACCAGAAAGAACCUCUGAAAAUACAAAAAUAUCAAGACCGAGAUCUUCUCCUGAAGCACGAAAUUUGACCAGCAAUCCACAUAAUCAAAAGAGCAAAACUGUCUGUUGCAAUGAAGAUAAUGGAAAGUUUGUUUCUGUGAAAUUAAGUACAAAGAAGAACAGAGAGAGACACAAAAAUCAGACUUUCAGAUCUUCAAAGGAGAUGAAGAAAAAUAAAACUGUGAGCAUUGCUUGUCUUGAAAAAAUAGUUCACAUUAUUUUUGAACCUUCAACUGUACAAGAAAUUAUGCAAAUGCUAAGAGCUAUACGAAAACAGGUGAGGAAAAAUUAUAUGAAGUUCAAAGUACACUUCCCAGUUCAGCAUUUUCACAGAAUUAUAGAAUCUGCCAUCAUAAAUUUCACAUCAUUAAUAAAAUACUUGAACUUUUCCAAGAUGUCUACAUUAGGUGAGACUUUAAAAUUGAACCUCUGUGAUACUAUAGAGUCCAAACUUAAGCAAGUUAAAAAGAAUGCCAUAGUGGAUCGUCUUUUUGAACAACAAGUAUCAGAUAUGAAAAAACAGUUGUGGAAAUUUGUAGAUGAGCAGCUUGAUUACUUAUUUGAAAAAGUAAGGAGAAUUUUAGUAAAACUAUGUGAUGCAGUAAAUGCAGGAAAUGAGAGUGAGGAAGGGAAGUUUGAAAGAACAGGAAAACAAAAACACAAAAUCAUUCACAAAAAUGAAGUUCAAAGGUCUCGAAAAAAAUCCUUGAAUGCCAGAUCUCAAAAGACUGAAGAAUAUAUCCUUUCUAAGCCAAUUGUGGAUCAUCAGCCACCCAAAAAGUCUCACCAUGAGAAAAAUAAAACUGAUGCACCAAAAACUAUCUUUACAAAAUGUCUUAAUUCCAUUGAUAACACAAGAAUUUCCCAAACAAGAGAGAAUAAUUUACAAGGCACUCUCACUCCAUUGAAAAGUACAAGACAUGAAAAGGAAGGAUUUCAGCUAGCCAAAGAUGCUAACAAGUCUGACCUUAGUUAUGAUCUUCUCACAGAACAGCAAGCAUCCAGUCUUACAUUUAAUCUUGUGAGUGAUGCUCAAAUGGGUGAAAUUUUCAAAAGCUUGUUGCAAGGUUCUGAUCUCUUGGAAAAAAGUGGUAGCAAUAUUGACAGACAUGAAUGGGAAUUCAGGACACCAGAAAAACAGCUUUUAGAAAGUCAGAAAUGCAGAAGUAAUAAUGCUGGAUUAAUUCAAGAGAUUGCUCCAAAGGAGGCUUGUGUGGAAUCUCGACCAGUGGAGGAUAUUAACUGGCCUGUUGUUUCACCUAUAAGAGCUGCUUCUUUAUCAUCCAGGCUCCAAAUGUCAGUUGAUCCAAAUGUACUAGAUGAAAGCUGUAUGUUUGAGGUUCCUACAAGCGCAACUUCAUGCAAGGAAGAUGAAUGCAGUUUACAAAAAAAUAAAUCCUUUGUUUCUUCUAUACUCCUUGAAGAUCUGGCUGUUUCUUUAACUAUUCCAUCACCUUUGAAAUCGGAUGCUCAUCUCAGCUUCCUAAAACCUGAGAAUAAUUCUGGUUCAACUCCUGAGGGUGUACUUAGCGCACAUUACAGUGAAGAUGCACUUCUCGAAGAGGAGGAUGCCACUGAACAAGACAUUCAUUUGGCUUUAGAAUCUGAUAACUCAAGUAGUAGGUCAAGCUGUUCUUCAUCGUGGACAAGUCGGCCCAUUGCUCCUGGUUUUCAGUGUCGCCCCAGCCUACCAAUGCAAGCAGUAAUCAUGGAGAAAUCCAAUGAUCAUUUUAUUGUAAAGAUUAGACGUGCAGUGCCGUGUACCUCACCAGCAUCUGAUCAGGUGGCCUUAGUGAAGGAGGCAUGGGCAUCCUCAGCCAAGAACAAAAAUGAAGUCAUAAAGGGUGGUGAAAAAGACAGGGGCAGUCAGAGUGCCAUAGCAGCCACUAUGCAAGAAACUGUCAAGCCAGAUCCGAUUAAGACUGAUCAGUUGCAUUACAUCAGCACUGGACAAACACAAAGUCCUGCCUCACCUCAGCCUCUAAAGGAGUUGCCUAAUAGUACUGGAAAGGAAGAAACUGCUGGUUUGCUUGGGCCCUGUAGAAAAUCUGCAAACACAAAUAGCCCUGACACUGAAAGCCCAAAUGAAGACUGUGAGAACUCUCAGACACAUGAAUUGGAAGUACCUGAAAAAGUAAAUGAAAUUGCUGUUAGAUCUGAAGCUUCUUUUCCCAUUGGAUGCAGUGUAGAGUCAUACAUAGACUUAACAGAUGAUAUUGUUGAUGAAAAUUCAUGUCUUGCAGUGCAAUCUACUGCAGAUAAUAGGAGUCAGGAAACUUCUACUGGGAACUCAGAAAUCAGUGAUAAAAAGGAAGAACUGGAAGAAUGCUCUGUUGAUGCAUUUAUAGACUUAACAGAAGAGCUUUCCAAUGAGACUGUGUCAGGUGAAGGUAAUCUUGAAAUAAAAUCCAGUUCAAAUACUGAUGUAGGAUGCCAAAUAAACAUAGAUGAUAAAAUUAGUAAAAAAAGAAAAAAAGACGCUGUAGUAGACAAUUCUAACUCAAAAAGACAGCGGAAAGAAAGCGAAUCAGCGGGUGAAGGGAAUGAUGGAAGCAAUGUGAAAUCUGAAGAGAUGAAUUCAGUACCCAAACGAUCUUCCGGUAAGAAGAUUGAGUUGCCACAGAACAAAGACUCUUCUCCUUCGGCUUCAUCUGCAACGUCACCUAGUCUGUAUGCCAAAAAUAUUGUUAAAAAGAAAGGAGAAGUAGUAGUUUCCUGGACAAGAAAUGAUGACCGAGAAAUCUUACUGGAGUGCCAGAGAAAAGGACCUUCAAGCAAAACUUUUGUUUCCUUAGCCACUAGGUUAAACAAGAGCCCAAAUCAGGUUUCGGAAAGAUUCAAGCAGUUAAUGAAGCUCUUCAAGAAAUCCAAGUGCAAGUGAACCUACCAACAAGCUGCUUUUUGGUUGCUGGGUUUAGCUGUUUUCAGCAAUGAGACUAUAACCACUGCAUUCAUAUGGUGGGGCUAGUGGAGGUAUCUAAGUCAGAAUAGUUCAGUAAAUCUGGUGCACUGUUAGUUGUUUACUUCCCUGUCCAUGUUUCCGCUGAAAUGUGUUAUGGCCCAGAUAGCAGGAGAAUAACACAGAGUAAACCACAAACUAUCUGAGAAAGAAUGCGUGCAUGCAAAUAGAGCGGUAUCAUUUUAAGGUGGUGAAUCUCCUGUUGAUUGAAUGUGUUCUAUAAGCACGGACGAGCAGGCAGUCAAGUGAAAUUGAUGGCUAUUGCUUAGCUUCUCAGAAGUACUGUACAUGGUGAUGUGGAAUGAUAACUGAAAAAAUAGGAGUUCUUGGAAAUUGGUUGGUAGGUAAUCCGUGUUGGUAAAUAAUCCUAGAAAAUGACAAAUACAUCAUGUUACGUUGAAACAUGGAAACAGGUACUUUGAGAAGUUAGGCCCUAUUUCUUUUAAAAUAGGACAGUGCAAGGAUAGCAAUAAUUCCAAAAGCUACUCAUCUAGUAAUUGAAUUAUGACGGUAAGGAAUAGGUAUUCUUUGCUACUUUAUCAGCGGCUCAUAGUCUGCUUCAAGGAGGGAAUCUACCCCUGUGUAUAGGGUUUGUCUUCAACUUUAAGCAUGUUCUCUAAGCCACUUCAUGACUGCAGUGUUCAAUGGAAAGGAAUGAAUUCCUCUGUGAGGUUGCCCAUCUCUCUCCAUUGACCAUGGAGAAUGCCUAAACGAUUUGCUUAGAUUAGACCCCUAAUUUACAGAUUUUUGAAGGUGGAUAGAGUCCCACCUCUGAGAGAGUGAAGCCAGUCAUUAAUGCAGUGACGAGUUUUUCACAUUCUUUUAAAUUGUGAAAUAGUGAUAAGGAGCAUUCGCAGUUGAAAAUAUUUUACAGUUCUGAUGAUAUUUAAACAGACUUAGUGUUGAAGUUUGCACAGCUGAUUAACUUUUCAGAAAAAAAAUACAUAGGAAUUUUUUUUCAAAAAUAGUUUUUGCUUUGGAAAGGGAUAAAUAUAUUUAUCUUCUCCAGAUUACAUUUGGGAAAGGCACUUAAAUUUGCUGAACUUAGCUUAAGUUAAGCUAAAGUAAUUUGACAGGCCUUCUACAUAAUGAGCAUUGUUUUGUUUCCAAAAAAAGAACAGCAAGCCAUUUUCUUUUCAAUAAUUUGGAAAUAGACCUUUACAGUUUUAUAAAAUGUGACUUGAUACUUACUAACUAAGAGACAAACUUUUUUUUAUAAAAGCAAGCAUUUUCAAAAGCCUAACUGACUUGUUUUGACAGCAGUGUAUCUAUCUUUACAAAUUAUUUAGUGCAUCAGAAAUUCAUGACAUGUUAUAUUUAAAAAUAAUGUUACAAAUGCUUCCAAUUUUACUAGUAGGUACUAAAAGUAAAUAUAUAUAUUAUUGCUUCAUCCUAAAUUUCUAAAAAGCUUUUUAUUUUAAGAAACCUUCAUUCAGAACCCCUAAAAUAUUUAUUGGGAGUUGCACAGGUGAUGUUUGUUAUAAAUUCAUUGGGGUUUGAGGGUUUUAUGCUUAGUAAAGAAUCAAAAUUGCUAUGGUCUUUAUUCAGUCAGAACAUCUGCUGAGCUUAGCUAGAGCUUUGUUUGAGUAGCAGCCCCACCUAAAAGCACAAAUGUUUUUUCCAAAAUCCAGCAAUCACUUCUUCAGUUUCAGGAUAAUUCUUUUUCUGGCCCCUCCCCAAGACAUAGCAACUAAUGGGAUAGACUUCUGAUUCUGUAAACCAUCAGAUAAUUCAUCAGUGAUGUUGCCACUGGCACCUUUGGAGAAUUGUCAGCAUGACUUAUGGAAGUGUGAGUAUCACGCUGCCAAACAGUGUCUAAUCCUCAUUUUAGACAGUGCUCUGGAAAAUGUUAGAAAGAAUUACUUGAAUAGGUUGUGAUGUCAACUUUGGCAGUCUUCCAUCUUGUAUGCUUGCUUCUAAAACGUUUGCUUUUGAGGAUCAAGUGUCAUCUGAACUACCCAGGCAGUGCCUGGUGAUUUCAGUUGGGGAUUUAUAUACCUAUCCAUCCGUGCUUGCUCUAAACAAACAUUUGUGACAAUUGUUUGCUUAUUAGAGAUUUAGAUCUAACUGAAUCUCUUAGCUUGCAGAGUAGUGUUCAUGCCCAGACUCAGCUAAUAUUUUUGGGUUCUUUCUUUAACCAUAUUGUUAUAGAGCAAAAUGUGCACGAUACUGAAGGCACUGAGGGAAGUAGCCUCUCUUCACUAAAGUGCUUCCUCUCUCUGUCUCACAAAAGCAGGCAGUAUUUUACUACAAAGUCUUUUAUUCCAUGUCUAUGUUUAUUUACUUUUGUAUUUGUAAAGGUGGGGGAUGGGGAAAUUACUGUGUUGGUUCUGACUUGGAUUCCUUUUUUGUAAAUUAUGAAACUUUUUUUUUAUGUUCUGCUUACUGUAAGUACGUGUACAGGUUCCUACGUGGUCUUGUAAAAUAUCUGAUAUGUGUAUAUAUAUAAAUAUAUGUAUAAAUAUAGAGAGAACUUUGUUUAGCCAAAGAUGAUUUUUUUAACUAUAUAAAACUCCAGGUUUAUUUUGUAUAAACUAAAUAGUUUGCUUACUGUAAGAGUAAUGCAAAAAAAUAAAACUCUGUAAAGUUCACCCACUUACGUUCUUGUUGGACAAAGGUUGGCUUGAAGUGUUUUUAUACCAUUGUUUGUAAUUUAUUUCUUCAAUAAGAAUUUUGAUACAUAUUUUCAAAGUGUACUGUAUAUAAAUCUUAUUUGUGAAACCUCAGGUAAAUGAAAACAUUUGCUAAAACUGUUGGCCAAUGGCUUGGUAACUACAACUUCUGUGAAGCAGCAUUAAAAGUGACUUCUGUUAGUUUGUAUAAUUGAGUAGCUAUGUAGAAGUUCUGGCCAAUAAACAUGGAAGUACUUA